CCACUCAUAUGUAUUAUUGUUAUUUCUACCUAAUUAGUAGAUAAUAGUCGGAAGGGCUAUUCCGGCUUCAACUAACUAGCAGGCGAGUCCACUGGGCGCAGCUUGAAAGAACUUUGCUAACAUUUGCCCGAGCAAAGUAUAGCUUCACUGAAUCUACUACGGAAUUGCAAUAGCAACUCGUUCAGAAGAUCCGCCGAGAAAUGCAUGCAAUGGGCUGUGUCUGCGGGCUUAGGUGCACGUCGAACCUACUCCGUCAGCUAUUGUAAGAUAAUUUACAAGAAACUUGUAAAUUAUAUUAUGAAAUAUGUAAUAUAUAAUAUAAUUUACAUAUAAUAAAUAUAAUUUACAUUUUCUUGUAAAUUAUAUUAUGAAAUAUGUAAUAUAUAAUAUAAUUUACAUAUAAUAAAUAUAAUUUACAAGUUUCUUGUAAAUUAUAUUAUUAUAUAACAGUAGAGCGGAUCUAACAUUACAUACUAAAUCUGUAAGCGCAUUUCGGAGGAAGUAGUUAGUGGAUGCUGAGCCUCAAGCGCACGUGGCCAAGAGCCCCGUGAGGCACCGCGCCGUCCCCGACGGACCCUCGCGCCGCCUCCGGGCUGUCGGGGCUCUCGGGGCGCAGUCCUGCGACGACACUCGCUGCGGCCGCACCGACACGCACGCGCGCGCUCCACAUGCCCUCCACAGACGAAGAUACGCCGCGCGGUUUUUCCGGCUGGGUGCGGCGAUGGUGGCGAGCGUUGGUCUCCGAGCUGCUGGCCACGGCGUUCCUCGUGUGGCUCGGCGUCAGCUCCGUGGUGCCGUACAAAGGGAAGGAGGCCGUCGUGCUGUCACAUCCCGCUUUUGCUUUCGGGUUUGUGGUGCUCGGCAAUGCGAUGGCGUUCGGGCCGACGUCGGGUGCGCACAUGAACCCGGCCGUGACGCUGGCUGCCGCGCUGCAGGGCCGCAUGUCCCCGGCGCUGGCCGCCGCCUACACGGUGGCGCAGGUGCUGGGCGCGUGUGCCGGCUUCGGUGCACUGGCCGCCGUGACGCCCGCCAGCGCUCUGGGCACGGACGAGGGCUGCACGCUGCCGGCGAGGGAUGUGUCGGCGCUGGCGGCGGCGGCCGUGGAGGCGGCCCUCACGGCGGUGCUCGCGUUUGCGUGUUGCGGCGUUUGGAAGGCGCACGACGAGAGCGGUCCGGACCCGAUGGUGCCCGUGAAGCUGGGACUCGUGGUGGCCGGGCUGGUUUUCGCCGGGGGACACGCGACGGGAGCUAGCCUGAACCCUGCUCGUAGCUUCGCACCGGCUUUAUAUCACGGAAUUUGGCAAUAUCAUUGGGUGUACUGGGUGGGUCCGCUGGGCGGCGCGGGGCUGGCGGCGGUGCUGCACCGCGCGCUGCUGAGCCCGCGGGCCGCGCCGAGCCGCGCCGCACCGUCCUGCGCUGAAGAAGUGCCGCUCGAAGAUAAGCCAUGACGCACACCAUACUCUGUUCACAGCUCUCUAUACUGUUUGUACAUAAUUAGAACUAUACCUUGACUUAAUAAUGAUUUAAUAAAUACCUAUUAGUAGAUGUA